AUGGCAUCCAUUCCUUUGGAGUUUGUUGACAAGAUAGAUGAGGAGAGGGAAAAGGACAAAGAAAUCAAAAAACGUGAUCGAGCAAUUGGCCAAGUACCAAUGGACACUGACCAUGAAGAGGACUUUGGUACUACUCCUUGCCAAAUCCAAAUCAACGAGUCUUUUUCUGAUAAAAUACAAGGGAUAGAACCCAACCCAGAUCAGCACAAGAGGUUUGACGUUAAGAUGCUUUUUGAAGCCGUGUCCAGUGGUGACAUCAGCAGGCUGGAGGGCCUGGAGGAGUAUCUGACUGAAAAUCGAAGGAAACUGACAAACAUUGUUUGUGAGUUCACUGGGAAGACAGUCCUGAUGAAGGCCCUGCUAAACCUGAAGAAUGAAGAUAGCAAAAUAGUGGAGCUCUUACUGGGUAUUGCAGAAAGAAAUAACGAACUUGAUGACUUAGUGAAUGCAGAAUUCACAGAUAUCUACUAUAAAGGACAGACAGCUCUUCAUAUAGCCAUUGAGAGAAGAAAGAAACGCUCUGUUGAGCUGCUCAUUCAGAAAGGGGCUAAUGUCGAGGCAAAGGCUUCUGGGAAAUUCUUCCAGCCACUUAGCGACACAUGUUUCUACUUUGGGGAGCUUCCACUUUCUCUGGCAGCGUGUACUAAUCAGAAAGACAUAGUGGACCUACUGAUGGAUAAAGCAGAUGUGAGGCGUACGGACACUCUGGGCAACACAGUUCUCCAUGCUCUUGUGAUGGUGGCUGAUAACAGCCCCGAAAAUACAGAUUUUGUCAAUUUCAUGUACGACUACAUUCUUACCAAAGAUGCUGCUCAGAAUCCCAACAAGAACAAGCUGGAGGACAUUGAGAACAAUCAGGGACUUACUUCCAUCAAGCUGGCUGCAAAGCUAGGAAAGAUUGGGUUGCUUCAACACAUUCUGAACCGCAACUUCCAGAAAAAAGAGUGCAGGCAUCUGUCCAGAAUGUUCACAGAGUGGGCAUAUGGCCCAGUGUGCAGUUCACUGUACGACCUGGACUCUAUAGACACCUACGAGCCAAAGUCUGUCCUAGAGAUAGUUGUUUAUGGCCCAGAGAUACCUAAUCGUCUUGAAAUGCUCCAGAUUGAGCCACUUAAUAAACUGCUGGAAGAUAAAUGGAACAGAUUUGCCAAAUGGAUAUUCCUCGUCAAGUUUAUUGUUUAUUUCAUAUAUGUCAUCAUCUUCACAGUUGUUUCUUAUCACCGUGAAGAAGGAAACAUUCAGCCUCAGGGGGACCUCCGCCCUACCGAACCACUGAACCCCCCUUUCGAGAAGGAGCUUCCAUUUCUAAUCGGGAAAAGUUGUUGCGGCUACCAGCUACUUGGUCAACUCAUCAUGGCUAUCGGAGCACUCUACAUCUUAGUUACUGUGUUGAUGGAUCUAUACAAAAAGCAACCAAGUCUGCAAACAAUGCUGGUUGAUUGCUAUUCUGACCUGCUUUUUCUAUUGCAGGCUGUGUUGUUUAUGAUCUGUGCGGGGCUGUAUUUCAAGGGAAUGCAGGCGUAUCUUGCCUUUCUGGUGCUCAGCUUGGUUCUGUGCUGGGUUAAUCUGCUCUCCUUCUCCAGAGGAACUCGACAUAUGGGCAUCUACAGAAUCAUGAUUCAGAGGAUAUUCCUUCAUGACAUCUUACACUUCCUCUUUGUCUACACUGUCUUCAUCAUUGGAUUUUCAGCAGCUCUGGUGACUCUACUCAAAAAUUCUAAUCCCAAGACAAAUAGAUCUUUCUUCCUAAGUGAUGAUAAUUCCAUCUCAUUCACCAUUAUGGAACUGUUUAAGAUCACUAUAGGCAUGGGCGGACCGGAGUUCAUAGAGAGCGAUGAGUAUAAAGAAGUAUUUUAUGUGCUGCUCAUAUCCUAUAUUGUGCUCACAUACAUUCUGCUCCUAAACAUGUUGAUUGCUCUCAUGAGCAAGACUGUGGACAACACGUAUGAGAAGAGCGCCAGCAUCUGGAAACUACAGCGUGCCAUUACCACCUUGGAUCUGGAGAGAUUUGCAUGCUGUCUGAAGAUGAAUUUGCGCUCAGGAGUGAGGAAGAAUCUAGGCAAAAAGAAGGAGGACUGGCGCUGGUGUCUCAGAGUGGAAGAAGUCAACUGGAAAAAAUGGAACCGUAACCUGGGCAGUAUCAGAGAGGAUCCUGGAGAAUUCAAGAAAGUAUCUUACAGAGAGCCCAGCAAGAACAAUGGCUUUCAAUGGAGGUCCAAACGGAAUAAAGUCCAGGCAGGGCAAGAGACCCAACCCCUGGCCUCCAGCCCAGUGUAAUGGAGCUGGAAAAAAUAUAUUUGAGCACUGAUCCAAGCUGUAAUUUAUCUUGUGCACAUAUCCAGUUGGGUUUUAAACUGUUUAUGCAAUUAUGAAAUAAUGGAGGCUUUAGGAAACUAUAAUGUGAGAGUACUUAAAGUUCAUCCUCCUGAGACUCUGCCUAUUCGUUUAUUUCCUCUGUAGUGGAUAUUUUGUUUUGCAUCUCUGCUUUUGCUUUCCAGUUUUUCAGGGUAGAAUGUUAACAAUUCCCUCUUCCUGUCUGUACAACAUUCCAAAAUGCACAUUUUAUAGAAACCAAAAGUAAUUUGUGUAACAUUAUUUGCUUAUUAUUAACAUGUUAUGAAGUGUGUAAUACGGUCUGAGAGCAGUUUAAUUGUGUAAGGACAAUAACACACAACAGACCAUGCUACUAUCUGAAAACAAUGCAGUGAUGGAUUGUGAGGUAUUGAACAGUGGUUAAGGCUCUGGGUUAUUCAACAGAAGGUCAGGGUUCAAGUUCCAGCACUGUUAAGCUGCCACUGUUGGGCCCUUGAGCAAGGCGCUUAACCCUCUCUACUCCAGGGACAUCAUAUCAUGGCUCUGACCCCCAUGGAUAUGUGAAGAAAAGAAAUUUGCUGUAAUGUAUAUGUGACAAAGGCUUCUUUUUUUCUUCUUAAUAAAGAUGCAAGUAUGUACAAA